CCUUUCUGCACUGGCUAAACAGCAGGAUCUGCACUUGAACAUUUUGGGAUAAUGGCACCGAACGCUGUCUCGCUGGAAAUCCUAACCCCCAAGGAGAAAAACAGACUGAGGAAGCCAAUUGUAGAGAAGUUGCGCCGGGACCGGAUUAACAGCAGCAUCGAGCAGCUGAAGCUCCUGCUGGAGAAGGAGUUCCAGAGACACCAGCCCAACUCCAAGCUGGAGAAGGCCGACAUCCUGGAGAUGACGGUCAGCUACCUGAAAUACAGGCAAGCUUUUGCACCCUCUUCUACAAGCCUGCAGCAGGAUUAUAGUGAAGGGUAUUCCUGGUGCCUCAAAGAAGCUCUGCAGUUCCUGUCUCUCCAUUCUGCGAGCACAGAUACACAGAAGAAAUUGCUGUGCCACUUCCAGAAGCCUGAAGUUACAGCCACAGACUCGAAAGCUCCAGCUGCAUCCUCUGCAGCUUAUCAAAUGUCUGCAACACAAGCAGCACUGAAGCCCACAGGCAGACUGUGGAGACCCUGGUAGAUCUGAAGGACUUUUUUAUUGUUUCUGGAUGGUCACUUGUAGUCCAGAGGAGACUGUGACUUGCUGUACAAGUCCUGUCACUCCUCUAAUGAGUAGGGAAGAAUGCUUUCCAUUUAUAGGGCAUAUUUAUGCUUGGAUGUCAGUUUCCCUUCUCCUAGAAGGCUCUAAAUGCUCCCACCAUGUGAGGAGGUAGCUAUUCUAAAAGAAUGUACUAAGUAAUCCUCAUGGUAGGAUGACUAAGUAGUUGUUCAAAAUGAAAUAUUUAAUAUGUUUUGGUAACCUUGCUGAGGUUUUUGAGUGUGUUUGUUUAGAAAGAAGUAACUUCUAGGAAGUUGUAGGCUAACCUUUUUAAACUUUCCACUCAGUUGGAGUGCCUUCAAUUUUAGCAGCCCGAGUCUCAUAGAACAUUGAUUUUUGAAGCAUGCAGCAUCUUACGCCACUUGACUUCAACUUGAACUUGUGAAAAUCAAUGUCCUACGAAUCACAAGGCUAGCAUCCAAUCUUAGUGGGCACCUUGGAAAAUCUGGCUCUCAUUAUUGGUGUAGUAGGGGUUCUAUAAUGUUUAUAGAGUUUAUUGAGUGUACUCGGGAAAAUGUUACACCAUAACUAAAGCUACGUAGAGGAGAUUCUUCUGGAUGUAUUACUCUCAAAAGCAGAGUAUUGUUUGUUAUGCUCAGGCUAUGCAAUGCCUUUUAUAAAGGCAAUAACUUGUUUUGUAUCCUCAUAGGAAGAAAAGUAACGGCUUGUAUUGUCGGUUUUACAAGAAAUAUUUAGCAAAAUCUUUCAUGAAAGGCAACCGUAAGAAUUAUAUUUACAUUUUUGUACCAUAAUGUUAUGGGAGGUAGUCUGUUUAUUAUAAUCCUCAGAGGAUGGUGUGAUGUGUAUGUGCCAGGUGCACCGAUUGUGGGAUCUGUGUUUGAAACCUUUUUGAAUUUCAAACCUGCAGAAACUUUGCACACAGUUAAAAUAAAAUCUGACUAUUGAAUCGA